UUUCCCUAGAGUCCAGCAUAUCGAUGUGGAAAAAUUUCAGAAGGUGAUGAAAUUAUUCAAGUGAAUUACCAAACUGUGGUUGGAUGGCAAUUGAAAAAUUUGGUAUGUGCAACAAGAGAACAUCCAAGUGAAAUACAUUUAACCAUAAAGAAACGACCUCAUCAUUCUAGUGUCCUAGAAGAAAUUAAAACAAUAUGGCCAUGUCGAAUUCCUUCAAAGAGAACUGCAUUUCGCAGAAUGAACAAAUGGUCAAAGUUUACUUCUACACAAAUACCAAUUUCAGAAGUCUAUCCUUCUAAUCCAUCCUCCAAGGAAACAGAGAUUUUGCAAGAAACAAAUACUGAUACAUUAUAUCCACUGGAUGGAAUAAGUCAGUCUAUUGUUCAACAUAAAAAUUUCAAUAGUGCAUUUAAACAUAGAGUACGAAUUAAUCGAAGAGCAACUAUUGAUAGUAUACCUUAUAUCCCUAAACAUUCUUCUAUUAAUAAUAUUGAAACAGAAGAAAGUACCAAGACUGAAAAAAGUAAUCUUAAGGAAAAAUAUGCAACCUGUAAUACAAAAAAGAAUGGAACAUCAAAUAAUUCUUUGUGUAAUACCCUAUUACAAUCAGUUGACUGUAAGUUUGGUAGUACAGAUAGUGAUAAAUGGAAUAGAAAAAAUGAUAGAGAAUUAAUACCUAUUAAGACUGAUAAUAAAUCACCAGCAAUGAAGUACAUAGAAACACAUCUUCAUCAAAAUCCUACAGUGCUCAAUUCAGAGAAUGGUUAUAGCAGUGAUAGUAGUAGUUCUGAAGUUUCUUUAGAAACUCAGAAUGUGCAUAAUUCAAAAGCAAAUCAUCUUCCUUCAUUGGAAAAUGGACAGAAUUCAUCAACAUCCCAAUUUCAACUAAAAGGACAAAACAUUCAUAACUGUAUUUCCAAAGAUCUGGAUUUUAAAAAUGAUGUUUUAAUGUCAACUGUAAGAAAUGAAGAAAAUAACACACAAAACAAAAAUACUGUUGGAUUACUUGAGAGUGAAACUUAUCCUGCACCUGUUAAGCAAAAUAUUAGCAACUCAAAUUGUACUGUGGAUAUACAAGAAAAAUUUAUAAUCUGCCCAGAAUUGGAUGAUAAAAGUAAUAAUGCAAAAUUUCAAGUUGUCUCUCUUCCUUCUCCAGGUGCCAAUACAAGAACAUUUACAAGACAGAUCAUAAAUGAUAAAAAGUUACAGCAGAAUUCUACUAAUUUAAUUCCAGAAGAGAUGUCAAAUGAUCAAAAUAUUAAAAGCCAACAUAGCAACAGUACAACUGAUAUUUCGGGUCAGUCAGAUUCAUCAUUGGAUGAGGUAAAUGAGCAUAAUUCCUUACAACAAAGAAAUGAAGUUACAAACAAAUCUGAAAAUUCUAAAGUAGAAAUAACAUUGAAGUAUCAAAAAAUAAAGCCAUUAGAACAUACCAAUUAUAAAAGAGCAAAAAACAUACAAUUAAGAACUCCAAGAAGAUUUACUACAGAUCAAGCAAUUCUUCCAAAAGAUUGGGAAAAGAUUGCAAAUCCAGAAAGAACAUCAGCUUUUAAACCAAUAUCAGGAAGAUCGGUAAGCUGCAUUGAUGUUUCUGAAACAGUAAACAAAUCUCAUAAUAGUAACAUUAACCAUAUAAAACAAAUGUCAAAUAUUUCUUCUUGUGAAACAAAAUUCCUAAAGAAAGAAGUAACAAAGAUUGCAGGUUCUGUCCCUCAUGUUCAAAAUGAACCUAUUAAGGAUAUUUAUUUAAAUAAGCCUACUUUGCAAUCAGUUAAUUAUGCUAAUUCUCUAGAUAGAAAAUUCAAUCUUUCAAGAUAUCCAGAUAAUUCUAAACUGUAUGAAACAGUUCAGAAGAACCAAUUGGUAAAUUCAUGCAGAAAUAAAGAUUUAAAAUCACCUGGAUAUGUAGCAAAAAUUGCAGAAUCAUUUAAUGUAAUGUCAAAACAGGAACCUUCACAUUUUCCUUCAGUUUCUCAAAUAUAUCAACCUGUUUCCUCAUAUGCUACUAUUACCAAACCAAAACCUCUUCGAGGUGAUCAGAUAGCAACCUUUCAUAAAGGAGUUGUAAACUCUCAUAAUAAUCAUUGUUUUAAUCAAAUGUUUAACUAUUCAUCUUAUUCUUCUCACUUAGAAAAUAGUCAGACGAAAUCUCAAAUUUUAAUAAAUGAAAGAAAAGUAACUCAAGACGGCAAAAAAGAUUAUGUUGAUAAUAAACAGAUGAAUAAGUUUUUAAGAACAGCUACAAGUGAAGAAAUACAAAACAUGUAUACAUCUUAUGGAAAUUCAGGAAGAGGAUUUGAAUCAAGUCAAAAUAAUUUUCAACAAAAUACAACUAUUAAAGAAGAAAUUGUUUCCGGUAUUAAGGAAGUUGUUUCUAAAAAAGAUUACCUUCAACCACCAAAAGACGUAAUGUUGAAAAAAGAAACUCUAGAACGACUUUCACAUAAAUUGAAAUCUAUAAAAUUAAACAAAAUUGAAGAUAAACCAAAUGUUAACUUGGUAACACCAUUUUUUUCUCCAGUUGCCAGAUCUAGAAUAUCUGCAGCUGUACAGACUGAUAAUAAUGAUGAUAUCAGUCUAUGUGAUGAUGAAUUGUGUUUAAACACAUCACUUACUUCUCAAGAAUCUGAUUCUAAAAGUUACGAAGUUUUUUAUAACAAACCAUGUCAGAAUAUGUCCGACGAAAGUAUUUUAUACAGUAGUAAUAGUAGUCUAAAUAGUAGUACUUCCUCGGGAAGCCAUUAUUAUUAUGUUGAAACACAAAUCAGGCCUGAGCUUACAAUUAGUUUACCAUUGGUUACACAAACACUAACAGAAGAAUCUAUUGAUAAUUGUCGUAAUUCACACUUGCCAAGAAUGGGAGUAGCAGCUAUGUUAGGAAAGAAACGAAGUGUUAGUUAUGGCAGCAGUGAUUCAGGAUCUGGAGAAACUAGCAAAAGACUUGAACAAAGUAAAGAAUAUGUCUUAAAACCAAAAGCAUUUUUAGGCCAUACAAGUUUGCCAAUAGAUGUUUAAAUAAUAAGUGUAAUAGGUGAAUCUACUUAACUACAUUCAUAUUUUGUUAGAAAAUGACACAAAACUAUUAAAUUUCUUCAUUUUUAUUUGAAAAAGUUUAAUAGUUUUUUUUUUUAAUUAUAUACUUACUGUCUUUAUAAGUGUAAAUAUAAUUUGUACAUUAUUGUUAUAUUAAUCAUUUUUAAUGAGAGUAUUAUAGGAUGAUUAUUUCUGAAAUUUUCUUCUUAAAUGCUUGAAUAUGAAAUCUUGUUUAUUGUUUGCUUCAACUAUAUUUAACUAUUUACAUCAGAAAUAUAUCAUCAAAAUUGUAAAUAAAUAUGCCAAAUAUAUUAUUUGUAAAAUUAAUAUACAUUAUUAUCUAUACAUUAUUGUUGUUAAUAAUUCAAACAUUCCAUUCUUUUUCGAAAUGAUAUAUUCUGAAAAAUUAUAUUUCAUAUAUUUUAUCCAUUUAAA